AUGCUUGCAAGCAGAAUCCUCAGAGCACGGUCCAUUUGGAAGGGGCCAAAUGUCGUCGAUUUCGGCGUGAAUAUAGGAGAAUCUGUAAAAUCCCAGACUCCCGUUAAGACCAUGGUGCGUUCUGCAACGAUUUUGCCAAGAAUGGUUGGAGCUCAAUUUCUCGUGCACAACGGCAAGAACUAUGCCUCUGUCAAAGUAACCGAAGACAUGAUUGGGCAUAAACUGGGAGAGUUUUCGCCUACAAGAAAGACUUUUCAUUACCGUCAAACCAAAAAUCGGUAA